AGUAACCUGGUAAUAUCCUUUUCAAAUCGAGAGACUUAAAAACAAGAUGUCGAUCAAGAAUGUCGUUCUGGUAGGCGCCGAUGGUAAUCUCGGACCAGGAGUUCUUCAAGGCUUGGUUGAGACGGGAGCGUUCAAUGUCACUGUCUUCAAGCGCAAGUCAUCGAAGUCAAAGUCCAACUAUCCAGAGGGCGUUCAGGUCAAGCUGCUUUCUGAUGACUUUCCCAUCGACGAGUUGAUUCCAGCACUCCAGAACCAGGACGCUGUGAUCAGUACUGUGUAUGGUGCACAGGUUGACUUGCAGAAGCGACUCGCGGAUGCUGCGGUCAAGGCUGGGGUGCAGCGUUUUAUCCCUUCCGACUUUGGAAGCUGCGACUCCCAGAGCAAGAGAGCCAUGGAGCUUGCACCCAUCUACGUCGCUAAAUCACAAGUACGCGACUACCUCGAGAAGCUAGCCAAGGAAAACUCCGGAUUUAGCUGGACCAGUCUUGUUUGCGGACAUUUCUUCGAUUGGGAUCUCGGGUUCUUUCACAUCAAUCUUGAGGCCAAGACGUUUGAAAUUCUCGACGAUGGCGAUGUCUACUGGAGCACUAGCACAUUCGCGCAAAUUGGCAAAGCUACGGCUGCCAUACUACAGAAGCCAGACGAAACAAAGAACCGCUUUGCCUAUAUCCAGAGCUUCCGCAUCAAUCAGAAUCAGCUGCUGAAGGCGUUCGAGAAGGAGACUGGACAGUCGUGGAACGUCAAGAACUACGACUCAUCUGACUAUGUUAAAGAGCGUAAGGCGAAGGCCGAUGAUGGUGACAAGUCGGCUGUUGAGGAUCUCGUGUGGGUCCUUGGAACAUUAGAAGCCGAUUGGGAGGCUCGCGAUGGUUAUGUCAACGAUCUCCUUGGAUUGCAGCAGGAAAAUCUUGAUGAGGUCGUCGCAAGAAUUGUCAAGAACAACUAGAUCGUCUCGUCUUGAUUCUCAGAUUUAUCUGAGGAGCUAUCUAAAUGUAUACAACUGAUACUGAUGGCUUGCUACAGAAGGUUCCAGAUAUACGGACUAUAGGGCAAGUAAACGUAAGAACAAAGACCUGUCAAUCGUUUUCAAUUCUCCCACUGACUGUCAGUGGUCCUUACUUGGACUUUGCGAGUCUUGUGUGGCCCGCAAGCAUAUCUCCCACCAGCGCGUAUGACGCUACAAGAUCAGUAACUAGGCACAAUCAUGAGUAGUCUAUCCUAGAUGUGAACGGAGGUUUUGUAUCAUGC